CCGUACGCAUUGUGGAUCAAUAUCGUUCUGACUUCGGGAUUCGCAUUUUGCUACGCGUUGCUCAACGGUCUCAUUGACGUUAUACAGAACGAUCGUAAAAUAGUCGAUUACACUCGGAUUACGGACGAGCCAGAACAAGUCGUUUUGGAAAUUUACAACCACACCUCGCUGAACAUUUCCGAUAGAGCCCAACUCUCCUAUCUUGAUUCUGAGAUCAACGAGCGACGCGUAGCCGAAAUUGGAUCCCAAAGCGUCAACAAAACGAACGAUCCGGCAAAUUUCUACGGUACUGCAUUAUUAAACGAUCGAAUAANUGAGCGCUCAAGUCGCGAUUAA